AUGACCUCUGUCGCAGAAUUGAAAGAGCAGGCAAACAGUGCGCACAGCAGAAAAUCCUAUCGACUGGCUAUACAGCUAUACAGCCAGGCGCUGGAUGCUGCAGAUAUAACGGCCGUGGAAAUUAAAAGACAGAUUCUAUCUAGUCGUUCACAAGUUUACCUUGACUUUGGUGAUCUUUACGGUGCUCGUAGAGACAUCGAGCUCGCGCUUUCCCCGGAUUACACGACUCCAGACUCGCCCAAGGCUUUGACAGCCGCAUGUCAUUCCCGGCAAGCAAAAAUUAUGUAUAAGUUCUCGAGAUACAAUGAGGCACAGAUAUGCCUGGAGCAAUGUGAAAGCCUUAAAAAGUCAGACAACGCCUCGCGGUUAUCUGAUACGGAAAUACAACUGCUCAUAGACAUAGAUAUUGCCCUAUCGCGUCCCGAAGAUAGCGACGAGAGACGUAAGGACGAGCUUCUCCGAGCACUCGAUUACCGCGGAGCAAUAAUCGAAGAGGAUCACCGUGACACUUUCCCUCAUCACCCCGACCCAUCUGUCGCCGCCAUGGAGGAUCCCAGCUUGCUGUUCGAAUUCGAUACGUCCGAUGGUCGGCCCUACAAGACCCUACGCAACCCAGAUAUAACACCCUUAUGUGUAGCGCUAAAUCUGGUCCUGCCCGAGUUCCUGCAUGACCCGUUCCAUCCUGGACAAAGAUGUAUUGUAAAGACGCGUGUCACGGAAGAUACAGACAUGUAUGAGGCUGUAGACGGCACACUCUCUACCUACUUUGCGCAUAUGCUACAUAACCGUGGGUCGGUGCCGCUGUCCCAGGGUGAACUCAUGACGCUACAGUCUCAACACAUGCUUUUCAACGGCGCUGUCGCCAUCAUCAUUACAAGAGAGGGCCGGUUCUUGGAGAUCCCCCCUUCAGCAACGGUGCAAGAUAUCUGGAGGGGCGGUAGGUGGCCCCGAAAGACGCCUUGUCCCUUCCGAGACUUGAGACCCGUCCCGAAAGCACGCAGCCCAGAUCAGGUUGAUGGUGUAUGUGUCUCAAGUCAGCGCUCCGUGGACAUCCUCGUCUUUCCGGGUCCCAAGGCUGAGCUGACUCACAAGUGCGUUUGGUGGCUUAUCGCCAUCCGUUCUUGUACUGACAGCUAG